UGAGCUUUUAGCUCAGUUUCCUCUGUGGCAGAGACAAGAAUCCAGGCUCCAGUUCCUUCUCCAGCUGGAGAGCAAGCUCUUCUUAGAUAGCUGGCUGUACUCACUGCAGUCAGGGAGACCUCAGCAAGGCUGACAAUCAUGGAUACUGAAGGAGAAGCGGAAUACUUUCUAGCCUUACACUAAGCAAAGAGGAUUCCACAGCACAGGUUCCAAGUCACUACACUUUGGAGAGACACCCAAGUGAACAGCAAGCUGCCACAGUCUGCUUGAGCAAGGGGGACAAUGUUUAACUGGCACAAAACCUUUGCUAUCUUGCCACAUUGGAAGAGAGGGAAGAAAAGUGACUUGUCUGAAGGGGAAGUAGUUCUGACAUAUAUGAAGAAAUUGAUAAAUGAUUCAGAAAAUGACUCUUUAAGCGCUCAUAGUUUAAAUGGAGACCGAUUUGAUCACACAGAUGCGUGUUCAGAUUGCCCAUCCGAUGUUCCCGCUAAAGAUAAUAAUGCAUGUGAACUGCCCAUGUGUGACCCUCUUCAGCAAUUCAAGAGGUUGUAUAAGUUUGAGUCAGAGGAUUCUGGGGUUGAGAUGCCAAGUGGAGCCAACUCACCUUCUACUCCUAAAGGUUCUGAGAAAAGUUUUGUAAUGCACAGUAGAGAUUCGUCUUGUGAUUCUGGAGUCCUAAGUGCAUCUUCAUCACCUACUGUAGGCCACAUGGAUAUAAAUGCCGGCACAACUGUGGACGUGACAAACACUUUCCUUUCUAACGUAGAACAAUUUCAAGAACACACGGACAAUGGUAAAGAAGAGGGUGAUGACAAUGAAAAUAGUGUCGAAGAUUUUAUCGACUGUCAAGAGGAAGAGCUAGACUUACCCCCAUGUAGUGAGGAAAAUGAACCUGCAGCCAUCACUUUGUUUGACACAGAGCUUUCUUCUACAAUGGACAAAGAGACCAAAGCCAUGGAUGACUUUUAUAAAGAUACUUUUGAUGAAAUCCAAAAUUUGAAACAGUUAAAAAGAUGCCCAACAAGUGACAGCCUGGAUGAAUAUAUGGAUGAAUGUUGCAGGAUAAGUGAGGUCAACCAGGGAGCAUCGAAAGCGCUUGGAUCAGGUCUUGGAUAUUUGGAACAUAUUUGUCAAUUAAUAGAAAAAAUAGGACAACUUCAGGAGCAUAAUCUAAAACUACAAAAGCAAAUAUUUGUCCUGCAAAAGGAAGAUAGAGUGAAACAAAUGAAAGAGGAGUACGUUGGACAGCACUGCUCCUGUGGAGCAGCGAAUAUUUUCCUCAAUCCGUACCAGGAGUCUAAGAAGCAUUUUCCUGUAAGGAGGAAUCGGCCACAUAGUAUGUUUGUACAAAGUGGAAACCACUCUGACCUCUCCAUGAUCCCAGAAAUUGGCGUUAACUCUGAAAAGUUUGGCUACAAAGGAAAUCUUGCACAGACAGAUGGCUGGAGAAGUCCUUCUAUUCUGGGUGUAAGAAAACCCUUUACCAAAUUGAAAUGUGAUGAAAAAGAGAGUAAGCAAAUGUGGGACAGAAAUUUCGGAGACCCCUUUGCACAAUCAGAACAAGAUAUGAAAAAGCUUGAUCUCCAGCCGUGGGGAAGAGUCAGAGAUCUUCUUAAAAAGACAAAAAAUAAGAACCAAAAUAAACUGGGACUAUCCUCAGCUUCAUUAAAAAGAUCGUGCCCUCAACUAUACAGGCCUGAUAUUGUACAUGGUGAGAUAAAGAGAAGAGACAGAAACUCCAUGAUUUUGUUUGGACAGAAUGUGAACAGAGAAAACACUUGGUCCAGUCUGUUUGUCUUAAACAGGAAAGAUGAAGAUAUGUGAAUAUCCGGUUGUCAGAGCAACAAAAAGAAGAUAUAGAAGACAGAUGUGUAGAAUGUUUCAGAAUGUUUAACUAAAAAAUACGGAAAAUGUGUUAUGAGAAUGUGUUAUGAAGUUUAUAAGAAUUUACAUCUUUAUACACAGAGUUAUUGGAAGGAUGGUUAUCUGUGAAUUAUACCCAUAUGUGCUCCUAUGAAGCACUCUCUCUAUUUAUUCCCUAUAACCCUAAUUUUAGGAGGACUCAUGAAGCCAGACAUAAUUGUAUUGUAUCUUGAUUCAUUAUAUGUGGUGCCAAGGAAAUGCAGAGUAGUCACCUAUGUACCAGUUAAAUUUCUCCCAUUGUUAUAAACCACAGCUCUACACCUUAUGAAAAUGUGAUAUAUUAUGUUAUUCCUUUUCAUGAGAAAUCAUGAAAAUCUACUUUGUGAAACAGAUCGAAAAAUGUUAUCGCUUGAUUUGUUAUAUGUAUACACGUAAUAUUUAGUGACCAUCAUUUUACAGCACAGGAUGCACUUUGAGUAUAAAAAACAUUUUUAAGGAAUGAUUCUGUUGGAUUCACACGUGGUGCAAUCAUAGGCCAUGGAUCCGUCCACAACAAGUCUGCAGCAAAUCUGCAUUCAAAUCCACAUCGAACGUGAACAUAAAAUUACUACAUGUGUGAAUUUGCCUUAAAGUUGUGCUUUUUACCCUCCGUUUAUAUAUGUCAGUAGUAAGAAAGGGGUUGUCCCAUCUUAUAACAUUUAGGGUGCGUUCACACUGAGUAAAUCUCGCUGAAUCUCUGCUCGCGGAGAUUCAGUCUGGCAGCCACCUCCUAAAUUCUUCGGCACUGCGCCAUGUUCAUUCUUUGCUCAGAACAAUUUCAGCAGCGGAAUUUUCUGCUGCUGAAAUUGCUCAGUGUGAAUGGGUCUCGAGGGAGACUCAUUCCCACUGGUGUUAAAGUUCGCCGGGUGUAAUUUUGCUUGUGGAAUUCUGCCCGCAGAAUUCCAUGAGAAUUACGUAGUGUGAACGCACCCUUAGGGUUUUCCUGCUCCUCCAGCCUGUUUGCAGCAGCAUAUGGUUGGGAAAGCCAAAAGCAGCCAAAGAUGGGAAGUUACGCAAUUUGCAGAGCUCCCAAUGACUUUAAUAAUAGCUGUUUCAGUAGCAUAACCCUGCAGGAUAAUCGGCAUAAGAGGUGCGGGUUGUGGGGCUAAACCAUUUGCACCACUUUCAAUAAAGUUUACGGAAGUUACACAAAUUGUGUAUCUUCCCCUCUACGGCUGCUUUAGGCUUUUCACCGCAAUCAGGCCAGAAAAGCGGGAAAAGUCAGAAGUCACCACAGAUCCUCUUUAAUGUUAUUGAUAAUAUGUAACAGUAACUGACCCCAAGUAUAGCUGAAGCACUUAUGAAAACCUUUAUUAUUACUUAUUACUGUACUAGGGCAUAGAUCACAAUAGAACAUUUUAUUUGGUUUAUAAUAUUGGCAACACUUUGUUAUAUUAAUAGCACUCAUUGAUUUUAUUAUGGACCUACUGAAUAUUAUAAGGAUUAGCAUUUAGAUGUAGAGUGUAUGUCGGCUUAUUGCAAAAUGUCAAGUAUAGCUAUUAUAUAAGAUAUAUAUGUGAUGAGAAUAUAAGAGUGGUCAGAUAAUAAAGCAGUGAGGCCACAAGCGCCUCAGAUUCUCUACAACUUUUCUGCCAGUCAUCAGCAGCCAAAAUUUACUAUGACUUGUAUGACAGAAAACUGGCCUGCAAAAGUAGCAAAUUGUUGUAAAAAAAAUUAAUAUACUCAAAUGCCGGUCUCUAGUAAAUGUGUUUUAUCAAAGAUGUGUCUGCUGUGCCAUAGAUAAGAAUACAGACUGCCGUAUACAGCAAACUAACAGGGCACAUAUAUUUCUCUGCUGAUACCAUUCUCUAGUAUAGGUUUACUACUCCUCACAGGCCAAUAAUAAUAUAUAAGGGAGCUUUGUGCCAAAUGUAAGACUUAUACCUUAAAGGGGUACUCCCGUGGAAAACUUUUUAUUAUUUUUUAAAUCAACUGGU